UCCGCUCGUUCAGCUCUGACCAAGGAACUUAACUGUGAGGCUUCUUUUCUGUCGGAGUAUGACAGUAGAAGUUGCUUAAAGCUGGUGGAAGUGGAUUUGGAUUUGGACAUUUGGCUGAGGAUGAUGAUGAUGAUGAAUGGGUCUGGAAAGCUCCGUUUGCUGGCAUGUUUCAUCCUGACUGUAGACUUGACUUUGGGUUCGGGGCCAAACAAAGACGUGGAGUUUACGUUUCUAUUGUCCGCUGGCAGCACCGAGUGUUUUUACCAAACUACGGCGAGGAACGACAGCCUGGAAGUUGAAUACCAGGUGACAGCUGGGUCGGGUCUGGACGUCGGCUUCGUCCUCAUCUCUCCCAGCGGAUACCAGCUGGUCUCUGACUUCAGGAGAUCUGAUGCCAUUCACAUGGUGGAUCCCACAGAGGACGGAGACUACCGGCUGUGUUUCGACAACAGCUUCAGUAAACUGUCGGAGAAGAUGGUGUUCUUCCAGGUGAUCAUAAAUAGACAGAGCAGCAGGGCAUACGGAGGCCAAAACGAGUGGGCGGAGGUGCCAGAGAGCCUGGUGGAGUACAAACUGGAGGACAUCCGGGUGAGGUUGGACUCUGUGUACCGGCACCUGGAGAGGAGCCGCCAUGUCCUGACCGUGCUGCGGACCCUGGAGGCGAGGGACCGCUACCUGCUGGAGGACAACCUGUGGCGGGUCUCCUUCUGGUCCUGCCUCAACAUGGUCGUCAUGCUCACCGUCGCCGUCACUCAAGUCUACACCUUGCGACGCCUCUUUGAUGACACCCGGCGGGCGUACAUGUAGUCGUAACGCAACUUGACC